AUGAGUAAGCACCCUAGUCAUGGACCAACAAAUGAUACUGGUCAAGCAGUGGAGAUCCUGAAAGAAGAGGCCAAGACUUCUCCGGUUAGUGUUGCUCCUGCACUAGUCUCGACAGUUCCAAAUAGGGAUACUUACACAACUAACCCUGAGAAAGUAACAAGAUCACUAAGAGAUAUACCACCGGCUCACUACCUUCUCAAGAUUGAGUCAUUCUCACUACUCUCGCAAUUACUCUUAGAUGUUGGAAUGAAGAAUUAUGAAUCAGACAUUUUUGAAGCCAGUGGCUACAAAUGGAAAUUGUCACUCUACCCAAGUGGCGAUAAAGAAAGAAAAGGGAAAGGACACAUCUCUCUUUACUUGCUAAUUGCAGAGACAAAUGACCAUAAUGGGAAGGUAAAAUGCUUUCAUUUGAUGAAAACUGAAUUCGAUUUUCCCCAAUUACUCCCAUUUGGUACUUUCAACGAUGCUGCUAAUGGAUACCUCAUCAGAGACACGUGCUUGUUUGGAGCAGAAGUUGUUAUGAAUUGCACUGGCAGAGGAGAGUGUCUAACUUUAUUGAAAAAAGGACUCGACAUUACUUACACUUGGAAGAUUGAUAAGUUCUCAUCUCUAGUUUCCAAAAUUCAUUAUUCUGAUGUCUUCACUAUUGGAAAUCAGGAGUGGUAUAUGCUAUGCACCAAAUGUUUCUCUGCUUCAACAUCCAUUGGCUGGGGUAACCAUUCGUUCUUGUCGUUUACUAAGCUCCAUGAUGCUUCUAAGGGAUUCCUUGUGAAGGAUACUUUGAUUAUUGAAGCUGAAGUUAGUGUCUUAUCCACAGUGAAUAAUUUCUCCAAGUAA